GUUAUUCAGAACUGAAAAGCGUUGUUUGGGUGCUCAGCUGUUGAUGGGCUCUCUCAAAGUGGUAAUAGCUCAACGUUGAUUCUUAGCUUUUUCUUUCAGGGCAAAAGAAUUUUUACUGGAUACGUUUAUAGAAAAGUUUUCUCAAGGCCUCAGUCAAUCGUUUCAGAUCUCAAGCGAGAAGGUGAACAUUGAAAGCAUCGUUAACAGGAUAAUAGAUCAUAACUAUUCACAUUUAGCUGCUACAGAACUAAGAUUUAAAAGGUUGUUUGACGCUACCGGAUUUCAAAAGCAUACAUCAGGGCCCGAAGUUUUCACACCUGAUCGUUAUAUCACUUUUUUUGCAAUACCAAAAACAUUUUUUUGAACUUUAGAAGAAUUUGAAGAAAUAGUCAAUCAAAACAAGGCGGCUGUUAAUAGAAGGUUGUUUAAGGUCUUUUGUUUCGUGAAUCAUUCAUUUGGAGAAAGUUGGUAUCAAGAUGGAAUCCACCAGAGAUAGUAGUAUGGAUGGGUUGAUGAUUCUGGGGAAUUUAGCAGAGCAAUUUGGCCGCCUUCCAACAAACAAUACAUCUGGUCAUUCUUUGGUAGGUUAUGAUAGUGGUUCUGGGGCUGGUGAUGUGAACCAGCUAUUUCCACCAAGAAAUGUUCUUUCGAUAGGUGAAUUAAUUGAUACCCGUCCAAGUUCAAGUUAUUUCCAUCAUGUUUUGAACACAUCAUCCACAGAUAAUGAGAGCAGUAAAGAAUCCAAUAAAUUAGAGAACACUAUAGAAGAAAAGCCAUCACAAACAGAGUCAUCACCAUUGACGUCCGCUGAAAGUAGUGAAAACUCAUUGGAACAUACACCACAAAUAAACAACACGUCCAUUGAAGAAAGUAAUGACAUGAAACUAGCAUCACCAACUGCUUCCAAUCACAGUAACCAGGAUUCAGAUUCAGAGGAUAGACCUUAUGGUUGUUCAGCACCAAAUUGUAAAUGGACUUUCAAGAGAAAAUCAGAUCUUCUGCGUCACAAGAAAAAGCAUGAAAAACCAAAAUAUGAAUGUCCAUAUUAUGCACACAGCAAGUCAAAAAAUCAUAAAGGUGGCCAUUCGUUUACUAGACUCGAUGUUUUAAAAAGACAUUUGCGUUCAAUUCAUUUUUCACCAUACUCUGCAAAUGAAACCUAUGCUGGUUAUUGCAAAUCAUGCUUUAUGGUUUUCAAAAAAAUCAAAGAAUUUACAGACCAUUGUGAAAAAUGUUCCCAAAGCUCCAUAAAUAACGUCAUGAAUACCCCUGAUUCUUUGAUAGGAUAGGCUCUUCUUUUCAAAUGAC